AUGAAUCAACCUAAUAACCAACAAAAUCCACAAAAUCCGCAGCAGCCUUCGGCUGUUUAUUUGAACAUGAAGCAAAGCAUUAUGAAUAUUUCUAAUAAUCAGUCUCUCAUUGUAGAAAAAUAUCCAAAACUAAUUGGUGUGUGCGCUGUGCGUAUAGUGUCGCAUAGUAACCAAGCUGUCUUAUUAUCGUCAUAA